AUGCCACCAGCCCUGGCCACAUCUAUAGUAUCCAAUAGACAACGAGCGCUCUUCGAGACAACUAAACGGGUUCUUGCCAGCGCUGUGAAUGAUGGAUUAGCCAGAGCAACGAUCGAGGAAUCUGCAAGUGUAAGCCUGUCAUUAUGUUUGCGUAAUCAAGCCACGACCAACUAUGGCGACACUUGGAUCAAAUGUGGUAUCCGAGCGGAUUCCUACGUCGAAACGGAUGGUGGUAAGGUUAUUGGAUUCAUCCGGGCAGAUGACCUGCUCGCUCCUGUGCUUAUCCGGUGCAUCGAAGGCGGGGUAUCUGAGGAGCUGGAUCCGGGUGUGAUUUGUCGCAUCAUUUGUCUCUGGGGACCUCAACAGUAUUCGAGCGGCGCAGUAGAGUCCCUCAUGAAAGAAGUACAGAAUUCCGCGGAUAAUCAAGGGAAAUGGCUGGAAAUCGCAACUACGCUACCAACGCUGCAUCUCAAGUCUUCACUGACCGAUUGGGAGCGAUCAGUUGUGUUUGGACAUCCUACACAUCCGUUACACCGAACAUGUCUUGCCCAAUCACCGCUGAAGGCCGUGAUGCCUGAUGAUAUCCCAGAGCUACUGCGACCUGAACUAUCGUUCCUCUCCGUGACAAGGUCGCAGAUGAAGGCAUUUGGACCCUUUGAGAAGCUGCUGGAGCCUCUUCUAAAAUCUCUUCGUGUUGCCAAGCCUGAAUCACCGGACUUAAUCGUCGUACCGUGUUUCUCUCGCCAGCUCCCAAAUAUUAUGCCACUGUUCCCCGACGCGCGCCAGCUUCGAGCCGUGCAAAACUGCUGCCAAGCACUAGUCUCAAUACGUACUCUAUCUUUCGCACCUGAAGUGGACUUUCCUUUUCAUCUAAAGCUCUCGUUGAAUUGUCAAAUUACAUCGGGUCCGAGAACUAUUACUCCCUGGAGUGCGGCUCUAGGCCCUGUACUCAGUAAGGCGUUGGAGGGCUUACUUCCACCUAAUUUGUGGGUAUUUGAAGAAGUAGCGUCUAUCACAGGUGGCCAGGAUGACUUCGCUAAAGCGCGUCAUCUAACAUGCAUUAUACGACAAAGCUUGGAGCAGCAAGCAGAGAAUCUUGGACAGGCGCUUAUCCCAGUUACCGGACUAUACCAGAAACCUCUCCAAGAUGACCGAACAUACAUGGAGAUCAUGUUCGGGCUGGAUGACUUGCCGAAAAGGCAAACCUGGUUUAGAAGGUACCUUGCUCAGCUGUUCUCCCUGUUUCUGCCCCCAUUAGCCCGCUAUGGAAUUGGUUUUGAAAGCCAUAGCCAAAAUACUCUUGUCCGUAUCGACAUCAAGGCAAAAGAGGUAGUUGGGUUCGCUGUUCGAGAUUUUGGAGGAAUAAGGGUUCAUCAUCCUACUUUUCGUCGUUCUGGCCGUGAUCUCGGUGCGAUCCCUGCGGGUGCUAGUACUAUUACUGAUGAUUUGCAUGCCGUGUGGCAUAAAGUGCACCAUGCUCUUCUCCAGGUACACGUUGGCCAUCUGUUGUACAUGUUGGGCCUAGAAUCAAAUGGAGGUUGGCCCAUUGUUCGUGAAGAAUUAAGGAAAGCGUUGAAUCCGUCUGCAGACCCAGGUGGGAGGAUGGUGUAUGAUUUUUUCAUGCAGGUGACAAUGCCAUUUAAGUGUUUUAUGGAGAUGCGGCUGCAGGGCCUUUAUCGCGAUUACUAUCAGAGAGAGUUGCCGAAUAUUCUUCUCCGGAGCGCAUGA